AUGUCGCCGAGCACGGUCCCCAACCGCCCGCGUCGUCGCCGUGAUGAUGACGACGAUGGCGACCAGGGCGACCACAAAUCGGCGCCCAAAUUGCGAAGCCGCAGCCGCAGCCGCGGAGCUGAAAAGGGCAAGUCUCGCCGCCGGAGCCGAGACACUGAGAAGGACAAGUCUCGCACCCGGCGCGGCCGCUCUCGCUCCCCUCGCCUCCGGAAGGGAAUUACCGAAGACGAGGAGAACCUGGUGCUGCGGCACGCUGCGCUGAUCCAGAAGGAGCGUGCCUACCGCAAGAAAAAAAGGGAAGAAAAGAAAGCAGCUUCGGCUGCAAAGGCUCCUGCAAAGGCUCCGGCCCAAAAAAAGAAGGAUGACGACGAAACGUCCGGGUCGUACGAGUACGUCACCGAGACCGAGGACGAUCUGGAGGCCGGAAAAGCCAAGCAGGCUCAGCAGGCGGCUUCCGACAAAAAAAAGGAGCGCCUCAACGCAGCCAAACCCAAAGUGGCCCCAGGGCCCGUGAAGCCAGCGUCCACGGCUGCUGGCUCGUCUUCGGACGGGAAAAAGAAGGCAUCGGCUUUGGCCAGCCUCUGGGAGGCUCAGGCAGCUGGCCUGCGAGGGCCUUGGCUGGUUACAGCCAUCGCUGGCCACAGUGCCAGCAACACAGCCAAGGCUCUGGCUUUUUGGCGACGACGAGGUUUUUGUUCCUUGCGUCAGCGACGCUUGACUUGGAACGGCGAUGCAAGGCUCGAAGUCACUAUUUGUUUCUUCGGAAACAUGGCUCCCAAAAAUGUUUCGAGCUGGCGUCUCAACAAAGCUGAGACGGCAGAGCUGGAACAACGAGUUGCUGCCGGGGAAGAUGAAUCCAAAGUUAAGAGAGAACUGCAAGAAAAGAAGGCGCAAGCAAAUGAAGACCGCAAGGCUGCGGCCCAAGCGGUCUCGCAAAAAUGUCAGCUGCAGGCACAAGCCUUAGUCAAGGCGAAAGCAGGGCCAAAGGCAGCCGCCAAGGCGGCAGCAGCUGCUCAGUCCAACCCCCCGGGCAAUGGCACUGACGAGCUGAACGACGCUGCCAACAAGUCCUAUUAUUGUCAAGUGCAAAGCGAUAUUCAGGCGAUAUUGGCAGAGUUUGGAGGUGAAGCGUUCCGGCAGGAAUUGCCCCUGCCCAUCACGGGCGCAAAGGACUCCGGGGUCCAAGACCCAUUCUGCAGGACGAAGGCGUUGCAAGCGUUGGACGCAAACGCUUGUUAUCGUUGUUCAAUCAGCAUAUGGUGGGUCAGCGCCUUGCAAUCGCCUACUCCUGGAGUCCCCAUGAGUAGGCGACGGGUUGAGGACCUCUCCGAGUUCACCUUUGGGGCGACUGGAGAAGCAAAAUUUCAUAGUGACAAGAUGUUGGAAAUUGCCGUUUCGAGGUCUGACCUGGACACGGACAAACCAAAUGGAUUGCAGCUCGUCUCUCCGGAGGAAACCCUCCAUGCCACCUUUUGCGGCUGCGCUCGUGCCAUUCAGACGACGAAAGGUGACCUUUCAGAAGAAGAUUGGAAAGAGAAGAAAGCACGCUGGCGGGCUGUGCUCUUGUCAGUGCCGUGCACAUUUUCGAUCAUUGCAGCACAAGAUAUCUGGAAGAUAUCUUACAACAAGAGGCAAGCUGUGCUCCAGGAGCAUGAAAGCCUUUCGCGCACUGCCAUGCAGGUGUCGAUGGAGGUUGCACAAAAAUGA